CUCCCCAGCUCCCCACACAGCCAGUCCUGCCCUUGCCCUGGCUGGCUCCAGACUGACUCCAAAAUGGCUUCUCCUCUUUCCUGAGCAACCUGGGGGGGGCAUCUCACUCCCUAUUGGUUGCCAGGCAGACUCUAAGACUGCCUUGGCUCCCCCUCCCUACCAGGGACAGCGCCUCUCCCCGAGCUGCCGGCAGACAGAGCCCCAGGAAUCUAGGCCAUCUCCUUGGGGGUUACACUUGUUUGGCUGAAGCAGCUUCCAGAAAGGUGGCCAGUGUGGAUUUGAAGACAUCAAGAGAUCGAGAAUCCACCGCUUCCCUUGGUAGCUUGUUCCCAUGGUUAAUCAUAAGAAACAGUUUUAUUUUAAAUCCAGAAAACUACUUGACUUCAUCAAAAUCAAGGGUUUGGGGCACCAGGACUGAAACAAUAAUGAUUUUCUUUUCUGCUCCAGUUUAGCAUCUUAAAAUGUCAAGCUGCGUCAUUCAAGUUGCCAACAAAAGUAGGGGAUCUGUCACUGUUGUUGUUAGUACCAAUCCGGUAUUAGGAUUGUUGGGUGAUUCUCUGGCUGUGACCAUCCCCGCCUACGAUAGCCUCAAGUCAUUCUUCACUAAAGACGAGCAGAGAGUUUCACCAGGGGAAAUGUCAGUUGUAAACAAAGUUGGUAUCCGGAAAAUCUUCACCUAUGGAGUUGGGUUGACAGGAGCAAAAUGGUACUACAUUAAGGUGACAAGAGAGGAUGAUGAGUGGGUGGCUGUGUGUCAAACUCCUCUGCAUUGCACCUGGAUUGUGGAUGAUGAUAAAAUCUACCAGGAAGAUAAACCGUCGAUAUGCAAAACAUUUGGUUUUGUACCUGAUGAUAAAUCCAGCUACAUCAUUAAAGUUACCAACAAAACCAAAGAAGUCAUCAAUGUUGUGGUUCACGAAGGCCUGCUGAGUCCUGGAGGAAUUCUAAGCCGUGUGAGAGACCGCUGGUUCAACUCAGGGUUUGCAGUUGAUCCAGGAAAAACAAAAACUAUUAAUAAAGUGAACCCCAAGGAUUUAUCGUCCUACAAUUCCAUCAGUAAUAUAGCGGGCAUGGUAAAUAUAUCAAUCCAUUCUAUAAAGGUGAAAAGGGGUGAACAGAUCGCUCAGUGUAACACCCCUUUGCACUGCACCUGGAUCGUGGAGAGCCAUGGAAUGUGGCAAGAAAAUAAACCUACAGAAGUUUACAAAUUUCAGUAACAUGCUUUUCUCCUUCUCAAUAUUAUUAUAAGCAAGCAGCAGAAGAAGACCCCAAUGAAUGUCUUAUAAAUCCAUGGGGCUUCGCCAGUAUUUGCUUUAGGAGCCAACUCAACAGUUGUGUGUGUCCUGGUGACUAAGUGAACUAAUCAUUUGCAACAAAUAAUUUAUCUGAAAAAUCUUUUCAGUUUUGUUGAAUAAAUCACUUGCAAAUAAUUUGUCUUACUAUUUAGCCAGUUCCACUGAGGCAAAUUCAGCAAAAUAAGAAGUCAGCAGAAUGUAUUCACCGCUUUUUGUGACAAUCGAAUAAACACUCUAUGAAUACAUUUUUCUCCCCUUCGUUAUUUCAGAGAAGCAUCUGAACUGUUGGCUCCAAACCGUUGAUCGUUUCUUUCACACAUAACUGUAUAUUCUGAAGCCUUGUCUGCACACGCAAGAUUUACUGCUUUCACUGUACUGGUAUAGCUUAGAGCAGCAGAGCGCCCACGUAGUGUGGUGAGAUUAGACCACUAUAAAGUUGGUGGUGCCUAUACCAGUAUUCCUAUAAUGGAAGGGAAAUAAGGUAUCUGAGUAUUUGACACCACUAUAGGCGCCAACUUUCCCUGGCGCCGGUAGGUACUUGUG